AUGGCCGCCAGAAGAUUGCAGACGUGUAAGCAGCAGCUUGGGAGCGCCGUUAAGCCGUCGACGAAGCUGGGUUUGAGGAAUGGACAGACGAAGGGCGCUGCUACGCUUGCGAGCUUCAAGAUUCCAACAGUGAACAAUGAGCCCAAUCCACACUAUGGCAAAGGCUCCAUCGAUCGCGAGAAGCUGGCCGCCGCCAUGAAGACCCUCCGCUCCAAGUCUCCUGUGCAAGUCCCAAUCAUGGUGGGAGGAAAAGAGUCAAAGACCUCCAAAAUCUCACAACAGCCAAUGCCAAUGGAACACAAGCAAUCGAUCGCCUCAUGGUCGAGCGCAUCCACCUCCGACGUCAACACCGCCAUCGACUCCGCCCUGGCAGCAAAGAGCGAGUGGGCAGAUCUGCCAUUCUCAGACCGAGCGGCGAUAUUCUUAAAGGCGGCGGACCUCGUGGCAGGAAAAUACAGAUACGACAUCAUGGCUGCGACGAUGUUGGGACAAGGAAAGAAUGCGUGGCAGGCGGAGAUUGACUCUGCGGCUGAGACGGUGGACUUCUUGCGGUUUGGAGUCAAGUAUGCUCAGGAGCUGUAUGCGCAGCAGCCGGAACACAACAGUCCCGGAAUGUGGAAUCGAGUCGAGUACAGGCCGCUGGAAGGCUUUGUCUACGCCAUCACUCCAUUCAACUUCACGGCUAUCGCUGCCAACCUGCCUUGUGCACCGGCGUUGAUGGGCAAUGUGGUUGUGUGGAAGCCUUCACCGUCUGCCAUGGCAUCCAACUGGCUCCUCUAUCAAAUCCUCUUGGAAGCUGGUCUUCCUCGAGAUGUGAUCCAAUUCGUUCCUGGUGAUGCCGUGGAGAUCACGAAGACAGUCCUGGCACAUCCAGAAUUCUCAUCUCUGCACUACACCGGCUCGACCGCAGUCUUCCGUCAGCUUUAUGGUCAAAUCGGACAAGGGACUGCUGAGGGCCGCUACAAGAGCUACCCACGUAUCGUCGGCGAGACGGGAGGCAAGAACUUUCACCUGGUCCAUAACACCGCCGACAUCCACAACACCGUCAUCAACACCGUCCGCGGCGCAUUCGAAUACCAAGGCCAAAAGUGCUCUGCAACAUCCCGUGCAUACUUUCCCGCCAGCACAUGGGAGCGGACCAAGCCUCUCCUCGUCGAGGAAGUCAAAAAGCUCAAGAUCGGCGGUCCCGAAGACUUCAGCAACUUCAUCGGCCCUGUGAUCCACCAGCAAUCAUUCGACAAGCUCUCCAAAGCCAUCGAUGAAGCCAAGUCCGAUAAGAGCCUUGAAUGCAUCGUUGGCGGGACACAUGACGGUAGCGAGGGCUUCUACAUCCAUCCGACCAUUUACGUGACCAAAGAUCCCAACCACAAGAACAUGACGACCGAGUUCUUCGGUCCGAUCCUCACCAUCUAUGUCUACGACGACUCCGCUCCGAACGCAUUCGCCGACAUCUGCAAGACCAUUGAUCAAACUUCUGAGUAUGGCCUCACAGGCGCGGUGUUCGCUCAGGAUCGCAAUGCGCUGCGAUUUGCUGAAGAUGCGCUGAGAAAUGCAGCGGGUAACUUUUAUCUGAACUGCAAGUCUACCGGUGCCGUCGUGGGACAGCAGCCCUUUGGUGGUGGCAGGGCUUCGGGCACGAACGACAAGGCGGGCUCGCCGAACUUGUUGUCGAGGUUCGUGAGUAUGAGGAGCAUCAAGGAGGAGUUUGUGGCGUUGAAGGAGGUCGGAUACCCGUCUAAUGUUGUUUGA